AUGACAGUUACUACUAAAACACCUUCUACCGAUGUUUCAUUUGAAGUACCAUUGUUGAGAGGAUACCUUACAAGAAGAGAUCCAAAAGGAACACAUUCAUGGAGUAAAUUAUGGUAUCAAAAUAGUUUUGAAAGACCAUUAAUAUUAGAAUGUUUUGCAGAUGAAAAAUCAACAAAAGUAGUAGAGACGAUUAAUUUUAAAGAAGUAACUGAUCUAAAAAUUGUUAGAACAAAAGCUGAAGAUUCAACUAAAAAAAGAUAUGGGUUUCAGUUUAAAUACGGAAAACAUACCCAAAAAUUAUUAACUGAUGGUGAAGAAGAAGGAGAAUAUUGGAGAGAUGGAUUUACAUCAUUAUCUCGUAUUGCUCAAGGAAAUGCACCAAAUAAAUCAAAAUCAAAAAAAUUAUCUAAAGAAUCAACGAAUGAAUAUGGAUUAUUUGAUGGUGAAGAUUUUGCUACUACAUUAGUUGAUUUCUAUAGUACUGAUCCUGGAGUCCUUUCUUUUAAAAAAGGGGAGAUUGUUAUUAUUAUUGGUAAUAUUGAAAAUGGCUGGAUUCCUGUUGAAUUUGGUGGUAAAAGAGGUUGGGUUCCUAAUGAAUUUAUUAAACCCAUGGGCUUAAAAAAAUAA